AUGCUUCUGAGGAUAUUGUUGCUGCUGGGAGUUUUCGCGCUGGGGGUGUUGGGUGCUGAGGACUUCUAUAAGCUACUCGGUGUUAAGAAAGAUGCGAGCGAACGAGAACUCAAGAAAGCAUAUCGGUCACUUAGCAAAAAGUUCCAUCCAGACAAGAACCCUGGAGACGAGAGCGCACACAACAAGUUUGUCGCCGUUGCCGAAGCAUACGAGAUUCUCAUCGACGAGGAGUCCCGCCGCGUAUACGACCAGUAUGGCCACGAGGGCAUAAAACAGCAUAAACAAGGCGGCUCACCGCGCCAACAUCACGACCCAUUCGACCUCUUCAGCCGCUUCUUCGGCGGCAGCGGGCACUUUGGGCAUUCUGGCGGACAGCGACAAGGACCGAACAUGGAGCUCCGGGUUGCUGUACCCCUCCGCGAUUUCUACAACGGAAGAGUGACGGAAUUCGAGGUCGAGAAGCAGGCUAUAUGCUCUGCAUGCGAAGGCACAGGAAGUGAGGACGGACAUGUAGAGACAUGCGACGCAUGUGGCGGACGCGGCGCCCGAAUACAAAGACAGCAGCUUGCGCCAGGCUUAUUCCAACAGAUGCAAGUUCAAUGCGACAAGUGCAACGGCAAGGGCAAGACGAUCGCACACCCAUGUCCCGUGUGCGGCGGCAGCCGCGUCGUUCGGGAGCCAGAAAAGCACGAACUCCAUAUCGAGAAGGGCAUGCCACUGAACGUGCGUAUCACCUACGAGAACGAGGCCGACGAGAGCCCCGACUGGGUGGCCGGCGACCUCAUCGUGCACCUCGCGGAGACGGACCCUCAAUACGGACAGCAGGAUCACGAGCGCACAGAUGGCACGUUCUUCCGGCGGCGCGGCAAGGAUCUUUUCUGGCGCGAGGUUUUGUCACUCCGGGAAGCGUGGAUGGGCGACUGGACGCGCAACAUCACGCAUUUGGACGGCCAUAUCGUUCAGCUUUCCCGCAAGCGUGGGGAGGUCGUCCAGCCGAACCAGAUCGAGGUCAUCGCCGACGAAGGCAUGCCUGUGUGGCACCAAGAGCUGGAGAACAAUGCAGGCGAGGUGUACGGUAGCCUUCACGUGGAGUACGUCGUUGUACUACCGGAUCAGAUGGAGAAGGGCAUGGAGAAGGACUUUUGGGGCGUGUGGGAGAAGUAUAGGAAGAAGAGUGGCAAAGUGCUGGAUGAGGAGUGGGGGAGGCCCAAAGAACCUAUUGUUAUGCCGAGUGCGGAUGAGCAUGAUGAGUUAUAG